AACUCUUCCAUCUUCCCAUCACUCGCAUCAGCCGCCAACUCUCCUAACUCCUAACCGUCCUUCCAUCGUUCCAUUAACCCCGACUCCAAAUUCCACAUUUGCCCUCAUUUUCAAACACUACCCUCUUACUUUCCUUCUAUCCCUUCCUUGAUCACUCGCACCUCCCUCGCAUCAAAAUUUUCUUCUCCUGUUUAUUAUUUAUUUACAGGUAUGGGUACCGCUGCCGUAGAUCAAAGUCUCUAUCCAUUGCAUCGUUGCAAAACUAUUCACUUGGUUAGGCAUGCCCAAGGAAUUCAUAAUGUUGAGGGAGAGAAGAACCAUGAUGCAUAUAUGUCUGAGGAUCUUUUUGAUGCGCAACUAACACCUCUUGGUUGGAAGCAGGUUGCGAAUCUGCAAAACCAUGUCAAGUCUUGUGGACUUUCCAAAAGAAUUGAACUAGUUAUUGUUUCCCCCCUGUUGAGGACUAUGCAAACAGCAGCUGGUGUCUUUGGUGGUGAAGCACAUGCUGAUGGGAAUAAGGAAGCUCCUUUGAUGACACAAAAUGUUGGAGAUAGCAAUCAUCCUGCAAUUUCUAGUCUUAACUCUCCACCAUUUUUAGCAGUAGAGCUAUGCCGAGAACAAAUAGGGAAUCAUCCUUGUGAUAAGAGAAGAACCAUCAGUGAAUACCGGAAUAUGUUUCCAGCAAUUGAUUUUUCACUGAUUGAAACUGAUGAGGACACCUGGUGGACUCCAGAAAGAGAGAAGAGAGAAGAAGUUACUGCUAGGGGACUGAAGUUUCUUGACUGGUUGUGGACACGCCAAGAGAAGGAAAUAGUGAUCGUUACUCACAGCAGUUUUCUGUUUAAUACACUAAGUGUUUUUGGAAAUGAUUGUCACCCAAAUGUGAAGAGCGAAAUAGGCAAACACUUUGCCAAUUGUGAGCUACGUUCAAUUGUUCUGGUUGACAGAGGUAUGAUUGGAUCAGAUGAGUCAAGUACUAAUUAUCCUGGCAAGAUUCCUUCUGGCCCUGAUCUUCCCAGUGAUCUUGCUGAUGAUAAGCAUUCAGCCAAUGGAUCCACUAAUUAAUAACUUAUUUCCUCGGUGAUUAAUGAUGGACUAGUAUAUAGUGAUGAGAUUUUCGUCCAGGAUAUAGUGAAUUCUUAAUCUUAAUUGCGUUUACAAGCAAAGUUUCAUGUAUUUGUUUCAUAGAAUAAAAGAAAGAAAACUAUAUUCAAGUAGUUAUAUAA